AUGAAAGAAAGAAAAUCGAAUAAAAAAGGUAUAAUAAAGAAACUAAAGGCUGAGGCUCUGAAUCAUACUACAUCUGGAUUAGAAUGCGAAUUUCAAAACCCAGUACCUUCACCAGAACCUACUAUGAAUCAAACACCAGAAUUCGAGUCUACAUCUAAGUCAGGUGGAGAAAAAACACCGAAACGGUCUUAUUUCAAACCAGAAAUUGAUUUAAAUUUUUUUGACUAUUACCACCCGGUCAACCCGGUAGCAUCGACUUUCACGGGGAAAAUUGAUUUGACUUUAUCUAAUAUCAGAAAGAGAAAACUUGGUAAAAAAAUUACUCAUAAUAAAAAAAUAUUAUUAGAAGAAGAAAAUUUGUCAAGAAAUGAGAGAAAUUAA